CCCCGGAAGAAACCGAACCAAAUCCAUCCGGCCAUCUGGGGACGAGAUGCCACCGCCUUCCUCCCUCCUCCUCUCUCUCAAAUCCCCUAUCCAAAUCCCCUCCCUUCCCGCGUCUCUCUCCCCUUUCCAGGCUAAACGCCACCCUCCUCCCUCUCCCUUCCCCAAACCCUUCUUCCCUUCUUCCUUCUCUCCCCUCGCCGCUACACCCACCUCCUUCCCCUACUCCUUCUCCCCCAACCCCUUCCAAAACCCUAACCAAGAUGACCGAGAGAUCCCAUCCCUCGGAGGCGGAGAUGAUGACGAAGACGACGAGAUCGUCGUCGGAGACUGCCUCGUCUUCGAAGAAGGAGCCUUCGAGGACGGUGACCCUUUUCCAACACCCGAAACCGGCCGUGAGGUGGAGAGGCCUCGGAGAAGGAAGCCGGCAGCCAAAAAGGCAGAUUCAGCUUUGGAACAUGAGAAUUUAGUGCCAGAGAAGUGGAAGGAGGUCGUGGAGGAGAUCAAUUUGACCAAGAAGGAGAAGCGCAAGAUUUCUCAUCAACUGAAAUUUGGGAGCAGGUUGGAGAGGAGGAAGCCGCCCCGCUUGCCGGACAUGGAGGAGUACCGUGCGUACAGAGAGAUGAAACUGUCCCAGCUGAACCCCGUGGUUCUUGAUAACCCCCGUGAGUUCUCUCCAGAGAAGGAGGCGGUGGUGCCCCCAGAGCCGGAGGGAGGAAGAGUGGUUCCAAGGAACCCAAGAUUGGAAAUGGGUGGAGGGACUUUAGAGGACAUCACUGAUUUCUUUAACAGUGGAGAUUAUGUGCCUGGGGCGAUAGAUGAUGACAAGAUGCCGCAAGGUCGUCGUAAGCUGUUCACAAAGGAUGAAAAAGUUCUCUUGAACAAACGCAUACCUAAUUUGGCAGAAGCUACUUCAAGCAAGUGGCUACCAAUACAUACUCUUGCUGCAUCAGGAGAGUUUUAUCUUUUGGAUGCAUUACUAAAACAAAAUGUUGAUAUUAAUGCCAUCGAUAAGGAUGGUUUAUCAGCAAUUCAUAGAGCAAUUCUUUGUAAGAAGCAAGCAAUUUUUGACUACCUCCUUAGAAAUUCAGCAAAUCCUUUUGUCCGCGAUAGAGAUGGAGCUACCUUGAUCCAUUACGCAGUCCAAACCGCAGCAAGUCAGACUAUAAAGAUUCUUUUGUUGUACAAUGUUGACAUAAACUUUUCUGAUAAUGAUGGAUGGACUCCAUUGCAUCUUGCUGUCCAAACACGCAGAACAGAUAUCGUAAGGCUUUUGUUAAUAAAAGGAGCUGACAAGACUCUAAAAAAUCGAGUAAUCCAUCAACUAAUGACUUUUUUGUUAUAUUUCCUCUAAAGGAUGCAUAUAGUGCAUUUUUUGAGUUUUACCUGUGAUAUUACCUUUCUGCAAUGCAAUUUACCUUCUUGUGGAUGUAGAAUGAGUUUUUUUAUUAAAUAUGUGACAUAUAUUAGUGUAGUUUAAAUUUACUUAUUUAUAUUUAGAUGAUGAACUCUUAGCUUCCAACUAAUGAAUGUUGCUUAGCAUGAAAUCAAAUCUAUGAAGGAAGGGAAAUACUUUGCUAUAUGGAUAAAUGGAGUGACUAUUACAAGUCAUGAAUUGUAAAAAGUAAUUGGUGUUACAUCACAAAAACAUUCUUGAGCACACAAUUAUUGUAUCAUAUGCUCAAAAUGCUGCAUUACCCCAAAGCCAUGUUUGGUUUGCUAGAAUGGGAGUAGAAAAUGGGAAUCAGAUAUCCAUUACAGCCCAUUCCAAAGUUUGGUGACUAUUAUAGUUAAUGUAAUCCUGAUUUCAGUGGGUAUCAAAUUCCCAUAAAAAAGGGUAGAGAAUGAUACCCGCGGGGGGGUUGGGUAUUUGUGAAUCAUUUUCCUAAAGUAUCUCAUCUGUGGGAAAGAAGAAAAAGCCCCGUCUAUUAUGAGCCCUCGCAUUUAGAUCUCUUUACCCCACUUGGGAUAGGAAUGGGAAGGGGAAGUGGUCAAUCCUAAUGAUUCACAAGAAUGGAUGUCUUGGGAAUUGGAGAAGUAUUCUUGAUUCCCGUUUCUGACAGACCUACAUGGCUCAAUAGUAGAUGAUAUGCCUGUCGCUUUUCUUUUCAGAUCUUAUUCAAGUAAAAUGGCUUCAAAAAUCCUUCUGAGCCUUCAAUAAAAAUUUUGAGAGCAAAUUGAUGUAUCUCCA